AUGCCGCCUACAUCGCGAAGGAGGACGCGACUGUCCAAAGCAUUAAAAUCACCAUCUCCGAAAAAGGCACCCACUCGUCCUAUAAAUCAAGCAACAAGUAGGAAGAGAACAUCAAGAAGAUCUAAAUCUGCAUCACCAGAGGUUGAACCUACCAUUCGACCAACCAAUACCAGCCUGCCGAUAGCAAAAUCAAAAAAAAAACUUCAAUCUGUUGCGUCACCUUCUAUUACACCCUCAAUUGCGCCAGUCCCUGAACCAGUGAAUGACACCAGUACAGAUGUCAGUGCCAGUACUAGUACCAAUACCAAUGCUACAGCUAUAGCUACAGCUACAGCUACAGCUAUAGCUACAACUACAGCUCCUCCAACUGCCAUUGGAACUAUUACACCAGUAACCAAAAUAGCUAAUACUACACCUGUACCUAUUCGUACUACUCCCGCGUCAAUUGCCGAUCUCAAUUCCUCACCCAUAAAGGAGAAAAGCGACCGCCAAGAAACCAGUGAACUUGGCAAAAGGAAAAAAGUCGAUAGCAAGGAAAAGAGGAAAAGCGUUUUAUUUUCAGAUGAUUUGAUACUGGAGUUGCCCAGUACACCGCCAGAGAAAUUUGCAACACCCAAGAGAUCCAUUCUAAAGUCUCGUGAUUUGAAUGUGCGUGAUGGUUUCACCAACAUUAAUGAGAACAAGCUUUAUAGCCAGAAUCACAGCAACCAUAGCAGCCACAUUAACCACAUUAACCACAAUGGCCACAAUGGCCACAGUAAUUACAGUAAUGAUAAUACAAGUACAUUAAAUUCCACCAUUGAAAAUGCCAAAACUUUCAAUUUUUGGUCGCCAGGAUCCAUUGUACAACUUUCUCCAAAUGCUAAAGAGCUACCCAGUUUGAUGGAAGGAUGCAUUCAUGUUUUAUCUGACGAAACAUUUGAUCGACGAUUUGAAGUAUAUGCAACUUUAAAUGGCAUAGUCAAGGCAAAUAACUCGCAAGUGGUUUACAACUUAUUGAUGAAACAAGUUCAAAUGAGAACUAUAGCCGAUUCAAUCACUACCACAACCACAACCACAUUAUUUGCUGCAGCGGAAGAGAGUCCUAUACGUCAUGGCCAGAACCUGCAUUCCACUGCAGAAUCAAGUUUACUUUUGCAUACUUUGGUGGGCUUGAUUUUAAAGGACAUCGAACUGAUUGAACAAAGACUCUACUACGAUGACACUUUUCCAAGUACCAAUACAGGUAAGGAAACGUCUCAAAUUCUGAAAAGAAACGACCCUUUUCAAGUGCGGAUAGUGAGCCAAGCUCUUAAAUUGCUCGGAUUUCUAUUUUCUUCCACAGAGCUUACCAACCACAUGCUGUUUGAAACUCUUUGCCACGUAUACAAGCAUGCUAGUGUAAUGUUGAUCAACCCACACAUUUCUAAAACUUUGGUUGCCCCCUAUUUAUUGCUAAUUAAGGAUUUUCACAUUGACUCCGAAAGAAAGCGCGUCUUGUUUGACAAUGCCACAUUGGUUGAAAGCAUGCUCUUUGCAGUAGUCAAUAUGGUUACCUUCUCGAGUUCCUCCUUACUUUCUGAAAAAUUUAUUUGUUUGAGGAACUACCUUGGUUAUUUUCCCACAUGUAUGACAAAGCAUUUUGGACAUUGGUUCCCAAUGCUCCUUAUACAAAUCUGCGAUUUAACUCCACCAUUAUUCACAAAAUGUCUCGCAAAUGGGGUGCAAUGUCUUCUUGAAGCUGCUAAAACAUUUAUCGAGAACAGCAGCAUUCAGCGGUAUACGAGACAUCUUUUGUCAUCCGUUGCACCAAGAAGCGAUAGAAAUGGUGGUACAGGUACCUGUAGUGGAAGAAAGGGACAUAAUGGAGCAACCGUUUCGAAAAAAUCUGGUUCUUCUGGAUCCAAUUCCAAUUUCAAUUCUGACCUUGGUUUAAACUCAGUUCCUGUCACAUUGGGGAAGGAAGUGGAGGAAGUAGAAGUAGAAGUAGAAGUGGAGGUAGAGGAAGAGGAAGAGGAAGAGGAAGAGAAAAAGAAAGAAGACUCGUUACGUAACCACUACCAAAUAAUAGAUCUCGUUUUGUUCCAAAUCAAGGAGAUUAUACAAGCGGGCUCUUUUAAACUCGCAAUGGACAUGUGGAUGGCUUUGACAACUCUUAUUGGUGACGGCGACCAAUCGUUUGAAAGCUGGGAUCACUUGAAUGAUUGGCUUCAAAUUCCACGUCACUGUUUUAAUGCUCAAGAUCCUUCGGCAAGAGUCCUUGCAAUAGUGUCUUGGAAGUCUGUUUGUUUUAAUAUUUGCAAAAAUAAUUUGAGAGUCAUAAGAAACGAGAUAGACUUGGAGCAAAAGCAGUCAUCAGCAUUAACAGUUUCUACAGCUGGGGCUCAAGCAAGUACUGUGAAUGCCCCCGCAAGCUCCAUUACUACUAAUACAACAACAACAACAACAUCGUCCAACAUGCUGCCGGCAUCAAUGAGCCAUAAACUUAGGUCAAAAAUAAGGUUGCUUACUCACCUAUUCCAGAGCUUUGAUGUUAGCGAGGUUGCCCCCGAUGUAGUUUAUGCGCUUCAUGACUUGUUUUUGAGAAUACUAUACUUGAUUCUUUCUCCAUCCAUGACCCGCAAUAUGAAAUACAUGCGAGUUUUAUGGGCGAAAAUAAUCCAAGUUGUAUUUAAUGGAUUUUAUUUCAAAAAGGAUGUUGCAAACUUGCAAAUGAAUGAGUUGGGGAUACUGGUUUUGAUAAGGUUGCUCACACCUGUGAAGCCAUCAAGCGUUCUCCAUUAUAAUGAAUUGAGAGUCUUGUCUAGCGAUGGUAUGGACCUCAAAGAUAUUAAUUGUAUAUCUCCAAAAUGGGUGCAUGCACAUUUUGACGUUGUUAUGCAAAACCUCAUAUUAGUUGGACAACUGCACGUUACAAUUGGACAGAAAGUGGCUCUUUUUAGCACGUUCCUCAAAUCUUUACGUCCAAUAAUCUUGAGAGAGGCUAAUCCUUCUCCCACAACAUUUGAUUUGAUUGAUAAUCUUCCUGUAGUUUUGAAGGAAAUUUUUAGGAAAAAAAGUGAUGUCACAUAUGAAUCUGUCUACAAAGUUAUUCUCAUGUUGAAUGAUACUUUUGAUCCGUCCUCAUUGGUUAACCGGGCUUUUGUGCCUCAGGGUUCCGACAAUGAUAUCGACGUUUACGCAUCUUUAUUAGAGUCAAGUAUGCAAAUAUUUUCCUAUGGAGAGAAAGAAGAGGCGUUGACAUUGAUACUUCGCUCCCUUCACAAACCCAUAAAACGAUUGAUUUUCAUUGCCGAUAUCCUAGCUUUCUUAUCAUCAUCAUCAUCAUCAUCAUCAUCAUCAUCAUCAUCAUCAUCAUCAUCAUCAUCAUCAUCAUCAUCAUCAUCAUCAUCAACAACAACAACAGAAAAGACAGCUAAUAUUCAAGCAUUCCUCGUGGAGCACUUGAACAGUAUAAAAUUCGAUACACAAGAGCAGUGCAAUAUAAUAAUCCAUGGUCAAAUUUGUCGUGCGCUUGAGUGGAGAUUUUAUGAACCAUUGAUUGAAAGAAUCAUCACCCUGCUUUUGAAGCAAUCUCCACUGAAUCAAGUUUAUAGUAGACUUUGCUGCUUGGGUAUUGAACUUUGGGACUUUGAAAAGUCUGAGAUUGUGUUUAAAUUAUUGAAGAACAAAAUGGAUUCAGCUAGUGUUGUUGCCACUCCCACGGCUAGCAGUAAUAAUAUUCAAAAGUUUUUCAGCGACAUGUUGGUCAAAAUGUUCAAAUUUAGCCCAGCUCAAACUUUGGAGAUUGCAACCCGGUACGAGGUGGCGAAUUUCUUGCUUUCAUUAAAUUUCAAGGCUCUUGCUUCUAUUGGCCUUUCUUCAGCAGAGCUUGCUAGAGUGUGUUCAGUUUUUGACGCGUACUUAAGAGCAAAACAAAGCGAGACUGAACAUAGUGAGCAAUGCAAUAAUGAGGAUAACAAAAAUAACAAUAACUACAGUAAUGAAAAUUGUAAUAAUCGUGAUCAAGUGGUUAACCACCUUGUUCAUGGAUGCCAUGAAUACUUGGGAAUGGAUAUAGGGUACACCGACCGCGGACUCCACACUUCAGCCAUAUGUCCUAAAGAGGAUACUGAGCUCAUCGAUGGGGAGCAGAAUCGCAUUCCAGAAUCGUCUUUGUCCAUUCCUGCUUAUUUGCACACAGAUAUCGGUAGUUCAUUAAGCUUGCAAGAGUUUAACUCUGGUUCAAACAGUAAGGGUGGAUCUGUUUUGGAUAGAAGCGACACUGUAAACACCGAGAAUCUGCUCAAAUCAGAGCCAGUGUCCAUACAUCAACAGAAACAACAGCAAAAUCAACCACAACAAUUUUCAAAAUUACCACAAUUACCCACACAACAGCAAAAGUGUAAAUAUGAAACCAAGUCUCACAUAGAAUUUAACGUCCAAGAUUCAGAUCUGGUUGUCAAACAUUUUCAACCAAUUGGUGGUGCAAUUGAGGCUGAUUAUGCUGGGAACCCAGUGAAAUUGUCACAAAAACAAAGUGAUAUCCUAAAAGAAAAGGCUGAAAUUUUUGUGGAGGAAUCCAAGAUCCGUCUGGAGCAGGUGGAGAACAACUCCAUCGAAAAUAUAAAGUCUCAUCUGUUUACUACAUCUCAAAAUGAGCCACAUCUUGAUUUCAGAAAAGAUUCAAGGGAAAUCUCCACGCAAUACAAUGACAAACAGGAUCAUAUGGAUAUCGACUCUGUAUCAGCCAACAUUCCAGUAAAAAAAUCAGAGAAAGGCUCACCACAAAUGAAUGCAUACAUUAAUUGCAAUGUUGGCAGUGAAAACAGUAGAAGAAUGAGUCCUCUUGAUUUAGUUGAACAGUUAUCAAACUUUCCUGCCGAAGAGCUAAAGCAAAUGGAUGCAACAGACAUAUAUGCAAUGGAGACAAUGCUAUUACGAUUUAUGAUGAAAUUACGAGAAUAA